CCAGCAUUAGUCGCUUCGAUCAUCUCAUCCUCAGCACAGACACGUCCCUUCACGAAGCCCAAAACUCGCGAUCUCGUUUGAAGGAAGUUUUGUGUUCUAUCAUUGUUUCGAAUUGAUUCCUCGGAAUCGAAACAAACACAAUUCAUUUCUCGGGACAGUGACGAUAAUUGGCGAUGAUAAGCAAAACGAUCCUUUGGUGUGCCCUAGUGGGUAGUGUUUUAGCAGCCCGUCUGGAUAAUCUGUAUGGAGCACCGGCACCACCAGGAGCUGGGCGUGGUGGCGGAGGGGAUGGUAAUUUUUUAAAUGCUCCACAACUGGAUGGUCAGUAUAGUGGAGCACCUUCAAAUCAGUAUCUACCUCCCACCGGCCAAGCCAGCAAUCAGGGAGGUUACCCCUCCGUUGCGCCUCUUGGUGGUGGUGGCCAAACUCAGAGUCAGUUUGGAUACAAUCCACAGCAGGGUCAUCAACUACAGCAGCAGCAGCAGCCAACACAGCCAUCACAAUCAUACGGAGGAUUCGGUGGAGGUCAGUCUAGUGGGGGAUUCCAAGGAGGUUUCCAGCAAUCACGCACCACACCGAUCCCAAUUCUGCAUUAUGAAAAUGUGAACAACGGCGAUGGAAGCUAUCGUUUCGACUAUGCAACUGGAAACGGCAUACAACAUAAGGAAGAAGGCUACAAUCGAAAAAUUGGUCCCGAGCAGGGUGAACAGAUCGUUACCGGUGGAUAUUCAUAUACGGGGCCCGAUGGUAAGUUGUACAGCAUUCAGUACAAAGCCGAUGCUGGAGGAUUCCAGCCGGUCGGAGAUCAUCUGCCAACGCCACCGCCUCUUCCCCAGGAAUUGCAAGAUGCCUACAACCUGCAUGCCAAGCUAUAUGCUGAAGCAGCCGCCCGUCCCAAAAACCCGGCUUACCAGGGACCACAAGGUUACAAUCAACAGCAACCAGGUCAGCAAUUCAGUGCUCCACAGCCUCAGUACCAGUCCCCGAGCCAACAGUAUGGAGCACCUCAACCGCAACCGCAAUACCAAGCUCCGCAGCAACAGUUCCAAAAUACUGCCACACCAGUUCAAGGUUACCCGUCGGCACCCUCGAACCAGUAUCUGCCACCAGCGAAUAGUCAGCAAAGCUUUAACCCCAACUAUGGAUACCAAUACUAAGCUAUCCAAAUCUUACCCACCAUCCCAUCCUUGAAACGUACCUCAGAAACCGAACGCGAAGCGCCAUGAAAGCAAGAUGAAAAACAAAACCAACGAAGUGACCAGGCCGCGAAACUGGAACACAUGCCACACAAUGGAGCAAUUUGCAAUGAUGAUGCGUUAUCGGCGCGAUAAAUUGGUGAUGAACUCGCGGGGUAACAUACAAAGAACAAUGGCACAAAGAAUACCGCUUCAAUUAGUAUCGCCCGAUGCUACCGCAUAGCUGAUCCGGACCCUUCUAUGCUAUGCUGGAAUGUAACAAGUAUAACAUCAAUUUUCUUACCAACAAUAAAGCUAUUGCAAGUUUACCAUACCGGAAAA